GUUGCCUUUUACCACCAUCAUGGUCUAAGCGUUCGACAUGGUCGAAGACCGUCGGACGGGGAAUAGACACUGCAAAACCGCACAGUAACGGUGUUCAGAGCACUGGAUGCGUGAGCAGCUACCCAUGAAUGUGAUCGGCAACUACACAUGCUCGUCGGCGGCGUCCUCGCACUCGGGGAGGGGCUUUGAUCAGGGGCCGAUCUGCCCCCACGUCCAGCCUACGCCGCCGCAGCAACAUUGCUCGCAUUCCUACCCACUCGAUGGUGCCCUCAGUGCGCCCCCCUGGAUGCUUUACACUGAAGAACGUCCUCAGUACUUUCCCCUGGCGCUCCGAAUGCGCCGUCAUGCCGCCAAUCCCUCCCCCAUUCCACAUAGCUGCCGUCGACGAGCACGCUCGGAGUCAUCUAUACCGUCGGGCGUCCGCGGACACCGCGGAUGCGCGCGACAACAGUGGUCGAGCAUUGCGAUGCGCAAGCGUUGCUUGCCGGAAUCAAUCACGCCCGAUUUACGGCGACGUCGAGCGUGGGGAGCUUCGACUGGGGAUCGCAUCUGCGGCAGAUGA